AUGAAUGGAUCAGAAUCAAAAGGGGAGCCGGGUUCUGUGAGGAGUGUGAAUUGGAAGGAGAAUCGGGAUCAAGAUCAGGGCAGAGAAGAAGCUGUGGAGAGGAGUGCGGAUGGGAGUGGGGAAGACAAUGAUGGAGGGGAGGAUGAGGACCACUAUUCACGUGGAUGCUUCAUGAAAUUGAUUUCAAGCGAAAGUGCGUGUGCAGAUGCGGGGAACACAUGCUUGAUGGCCCUCGACUCAAAAGAGAGUGCAUGUGCGGCUGCAGGGUAUUCCAACAGAGCGGCAAGGGCAUGUGCUUUUGCGGAACCAGCUUACCCUACUCCUGCCAACCGUAAAAUCACGGCUCUUGGCUUGCAGCUUGCUCUAAAGAACACACGUGGCAAUCGUUUGCUGCAAGAGCAGGAAUUGGUGAUGGGGGGAGCGGCGGAUCUAACGGCGUUGAUUGGGGAUGCCCCUAAUGCCCCAGACGUUGCAUGUGGAGAGCCAUUGCUGCUUGGGGAUUCUCUGGAAGAGGCACGGGUCACGGCAGGAGCAAGCAAUCUGGCAGUGCUGGUUGGGAAUACAACUGAUGGUUCGGUGAUGGCAGAUCAAGAGAGUUUUCUGAUCAGGGAUGCUCUGGAAGAGGGACCGGUAGCAGGAACAGCAAGCAAUCUUGCAGUGGUGGUUGGGGAUGCUCUUGAAGAGGCACUUGGCGCAGAAGGAGAAGAUGAUCGGGCAGAGCUGAUGGGAGACAAACCUGAGUUCCCAAAUGACUUCCCGAAUGAUCGGAUGGCGCUACACGCAGAUGAAUUUGGGUGUGCUGGGGACAGGAAGCCGGCAGGGCAGUCUGGAGAGACAUGGGAGGAAGGGGGGCGUGGGGGGGAGCAAGCUGGGCUGGAUAGUUGGAUGCUGGAGGACCUACUGCCUCUUGAUGGGUUGACUCUAGAGGGAGUGACUGAGAAGGACGUGGCUCUAUUGGGUGUGACAGCAGCAGAGGGUGUGAUUCCAGAGGAUGGGACUGUACAGGGUAUGAUUCCAGAGGGUGGGAAUGUAGAUGGUGCGCUCCACAGGGUGACUUUCGAGGAUGUGACUGCAGAGGGUGUGACGGGAGCAGGUGCUGCAGAGGGUGUGACAGCUGCAGGUGCUGCAGAGGGUGUGACAGUACCAGGUGCUACAGAGGAUGAGGUUAUUCAGGAUUGA